CAAGAAGGAGUUGUCCGAAUUCUGUCACAAAGGACGUUUCUGGGAGUUUGGAAAAAUUUGUGACAUAUUGGACUCUACUAAUCCUCUGGCCAGGAUGAUUGCGGAGAUGCAGUCAAAGGGGUUGGUGAUUAAUAACUUACCUUCAGUCCUCCCGGAACCAGCUCGGUCGACAACAUCUUCUGUGCCUCUGGAGAAGGUGCAGAAAGUUCAUUGGAGCCUCCAAAUGAGUCCUUAUCCGACGAGAGCUCGGGAGAGUACUAUCAGAGGUAUACUUUUAUAUCAGCAUUCCCAGAAAGUAAAUAUACACUGCGGAUAUGACUUCUCUUUAAUAUACAAAGUCAUUUUGAUCACCUGCUUUUCUAUUUCAGCACUGGUGGACCGAUGUGGACCUCUUCCGUGAGGGUGAAGAUGGUCAAAAAAGGCUUAUACAACAAGCACUCCAUUGACCACCCCCUUCUAGCAGGAUUUAACAAGUACCUUUACACUGAUCUAGGAUAUAAAAACAGCAAACAAGUAGUGGAAACAGUGUCCAGGUUCUUGCAUUACAUGGACCCCACUGAGCCAAACUUGAUGUUUGUUCGGCGGGUGGAGAAAGUGCGAGAGUACUUUAACAUCUUGUCAGAUACAAAGUUCUCAAAAUGGACAGUGUUCAACUACUCGAAGAGUCUCAAGAGGUUCAUGAAAUACAUUAUUACCUCCACGGACAUUCGCCACAACAAUCCAGCUUUGUUCCAGGACUGUGAGAGUUUUAUGGAUGUGCUGUAUGGAAUACAGAGUGGCAUGUCCAAAGAAGUGAGCAUGGAGGUCACAGCAAAAAAAUCAGAGUUUGGUUGUGGCAAAGAAGUUUUGCCAAAGGACUGCCUUGCUGUUUUGGAGGCUGCAUUCAAAGAUUUCCAGGCCGUGAUAUGCAAAAUGCAGGGUCCAGGAGCCAUCACAGGGGACUGUUUGACUAAAAAUGAACAGCUGCUCGUCCUGUACUACCUGGAGGCUGUUAUCAUGCUGAAGCUAGUCCAGCGGCCUGGAAUUGUGACACACAUGACUGUUGAGGAUUGGGAGGGGAGAAGCCGGAUAGAGAAUGGUGUCUGUGUUGCAGUGAAGGAGCACAAAGUACCAUUGUCACACGAACAGGAACUUUGGUUCAACUUGUACUUCAAUGAGGUGCGGCCAGUAAUGCUGCAAGAAAACCACACCGACGAUGAUGUGGCAGUUGAUUCAUUUUUUGUGUCAAGUAGUGGGAGAUCGAUUUAUAAUCCCUCCAACGACUUAAAAAGACUACAUGACAAAUACAGUCUUCCCAGUGUGACGUGUGGCGAUGCCCAGAGAGCAUUUGAGGCAGCAGCACAAAGCCUGUCAGAAGUGGAGAGAAAUGUGGCAGCUGAAAGAAACUACAUGAGGGGAACAUCUUCAGAUCCGUUUCUGGCUCUAAGUGUGCUAGAUCAGCUCGCUGGGAAAACACCACAAAGGUCCAGUAAAGCUUCCUGCUGUGAGACAAGGGUGGACGAACAGACGGCCUACAAAACUCUUGAGCAGUUCUGUCCAGUGACUCUGGAGGGGCCUCCUCCAAAAAGGGCACGCAGGACUGAGCUGUGUGGCUCAGAACAUGAGAGGCACUGCUAUGACCGCUGGCGUAGUGAGCAGCUCAAGCUGCGUGAACAGCAUGCUCUCGAACACUUUGCUGGACAGCAGCCAUCAGAGUCCAAAAUAAACCGCUGGAUGGACAAACAAGGGUGGACAUCAAACGUCCCACAGGCUGCAGUGGUUCUGAAGCAGUGGAAACCUGUUGCCAGGUUGGACUUGGACAUCGACAGCAGCUUUGUGAAAAAAAUUAUUUUGUCUCAACGCUGGAAAGGACUGACUGUCAGGCCCGUCCCUGACAAGGGCGAUGGUGUUUUCACCAAAAGACCCUUUCAGAUCGGGGAGGUUGUCUGUGAAUACCACGGCGAGCUGGUUAGCCAUGAAGAUGCACAGCAAAUUCAUUGGUGUUAA